GACGCUAACACGCAGAGUGACGCAAUACGCGUAUUACCUAAGACAUGGGCGAGUCAUUGGUGGGCGUCCCUACAUCCUCUAUUAGGCAACCCAGGGAACACCGUCUCCAAGAUGUGACACGCGUAUUCACGCGCACCUGCGGCCUGUGACAAUUUGUAGUGUUUUGUGGGUCGGUCGCUCAACCCUGGAAGUUAUGCAAAGGCGAAGCCACAAAAAAUCGCGCGGUGGGUGCUUGCAAUGUAAGCGAAGACACGUCAAGUGCGACGAACAACAUCCAGCGUGUCGUCUCUGCGUUGUCUCCGGGCACGCAUGCAGUUUUUCAACUCAGCCUCUGAGCAUAAGCGCCAGAACAAAAGGACAUGUUAACGGGCAGUCAACUAUGUCAAGCGAUGAGGGUACCCCCAGCGAGGCAUCAAAUACCAUGCAAUCUGUCACACCACCCAUUCCACAGACUUCUCGGCCUACUUUAUACAUAUAUUCCAGAGCUACAGACCAACCGACAGAGGCAUUACACUCGGUCCUUAACAAUGCCGUCAACCUUGAGCAUAUGGAGCUCCUCCUUCACUUCACCCAAGCCGAGGAUCUCUUUAGCUUGGGAGGCGAUCGUGCGGCGCAUCGAGAAUACUUGACCACCGACCAAGUACUAGACAUCAGCAUCCGAAAUCCUUACCUUUUGCAUCAGAUUCUCGCCUUCUCGGCCCGACAUCUCGCCAGCAUACAGCCUUCCAAAGCGGCUGCUCAUAUGCACCAAGCCAUGACAUUACAGACGCGCGCCGUUUCACUCUUCAAUGCCUCAAAUACUCCCAUAACAAGGGAGACAUGCGUCCCCGUUCUCCUUUUUGCGACGAUAUUAGGCCACCAUGUCCUAGCAGAUACAUUAUGCAGACGAGAUGCGACAAACUUGGAUGCGUUUCUGGUGCUCUUCGUACAGUGUUUGGAUACACUUAGAGGCGUGUAUGCGAUCUUUCUUGAAGCUAAGCCAUUUUGGCAGGAGUCUGUUCUGGCGCAGAUAUUAUCACUAAGCUCGUCAUUGACUUCGCGCGCACCCGUCGGAAAUCGAUGUCAACGCGUCAAGGAAUUCGUUGAAGCGUCUUUAGGUCUCAGUUCGAAUGACAAGGAAGCAUGCCAGGUGGCGAUAGGGUACCUUCAAGUAGGCUUUGACGCAUUGCUUGCGGAACAGGAGGAGGAAGGGAACCGAUACCAGAUGUUGUUUCUGUGGUGUAUUCUGGUCCCAAAGGAAUUUAUCACAUUGUUGUCAGUGAAGAGCACGGAAGCUCUGAUGGUGCUAGGACAUUACGCGAUAUUGUUAGGUUAUGGAGGAAGGAUCUGGCAGGUGGAAAACGCAGGAGAGUACAUAUUGGGGCUUUUGCGGACAGGCCUGGAUGAAAGUUCGGAAUGGGACUGGACAUGCUGACGCUCUGUUGUGUUGCCCAUGUCGAAGCUGAGUCGGCGCACCGACUUGCCGGGCGAGAUUAUUGCCGGAUCUUUAGAGGCCAGCAUCACGACCACAUCGGAAAUUCUUGGAGGCGCAUUGUCCCAUGAAUGACGAAAAGGACGUCCGAAGUGCUC